UGGUUUCAGUGAACUGCUGUGGAAGUUUGCAACGACGCGAACCCAAUCGCAGGAUCGCCAGGGAUAUGGUGCUUAUGCACGUAUGCCAACAAUGACGUCGACGGGGCGCAUAAACGAGGAAAGUGAUUCAGAAGGGGAAAAUAUACCUCUGGCUGAUAAUGCCAAACCGGACGAGGAAGGGCAUGAGCAACAGGUUCACGAAGGGGAUACGACUAAUGAUGGCAACAAGGUGCAAGAAACUGUCGAGGAUGGCUCAGGAGGGGAGAGAGAUGAAAUGAACCUUUACCUCGAAUCCGCGUAUUUGGUGAACACACUGAAGAAAUUGGCGGUUAAACUGAAUGAAUUGGAGAAUAAACCGGCGCGUGACAACCGUCUGAAGGAAAAGCAGACAAAAGUAAAGAAGGAGAUAGAAGAAAUCUUGGACAAGCGUACACAUUCCCUUGGUAUGGAUUUCAAAGACCACAAUUUUCGCACCCUGUUGCACUGGGGAUGCAUUCUCGGAAACGACUACAUGGUCUCUCUGUUCCUGGAGAAAGGAGCAGACCCGAACUGCCAAGACAAGUGGUGGAACACGCCGCUCCAUUAUGCCACAUACUUUUGCCCGGGGGUCGUCCUCAAGCUGUUGGAGAAGGGAGCCAAGAUUUGGAUUCACAACGAGAAAUACGAAUCUCCUCUCCAGAGGAUUUCCCCAGAUACCCUAAGGGAGUACUUGGACGGGUGCAUGCAUGAAAACGGCAGAGGCUAUGACUACAAAGCCCAACUGGACUUGACCUUCUUGAUUCCUCCCAAAGAAUCGAAAGAAUCGAAGGAUGUGGAGAAGUCAAAAGUUGAGGAGUCGAUGUUCGCCGAGACGACGUGUCUGUGGUGGAUCACCAAGAGCCCCCAGCAUCAUGUGGUCCUCAAACACCCGGUCAUCACCGCGUUCCUGGAUCUCAAGUGGCAACAGAUCUCCAUGAUCUACAAACUCCUCUGCAUCGUGUAUAUGCUUUACCUGGUGCUGCUAUACUUUUUUCUCAACGCUGGAGCGUUUCACAGCAUGCAGGAAGCACGAAAAUCAAUGACGAAAUUGGGAAAUGAGACGCGCCUUGGUGCUGAUUGUACAGUUUACCAAAGUUUACAAGACCUGGAGAGUGCUGCUUCAUCUGUAAAGGAUAAUUUCACUCAAAGACUGUCUCUGGACGAGAAAGCAUACUUCCAGUACAUGCCCAAGGGAUGGACAGUGGUGCGUUUCGUCUUGGUCGCCUUCAACUCGUUGAUUCUCUUCCUGGAAUUCCUCCAGCUCCUCUACUUGGGGGAAUCCAUAGACGACUCACACUACUUGGAAGACUUCUACCGGUACCAUCGUAGGUACAUGCAUAAGGAGAAACAUCUGCUGUACCUGACCCCGACGACCUCGCCGCAGGAGUGGGAGAAUUUCUCGCUUUCCGAGGUGAUUCGUAUCGGAAGCCAGCUCCCAUUCUUCUCCCUUUACGUCCAUAUGUUCAUCACCAUUGCUGUGAAAUUGCUCAAGUUGAUUUUCUGGUCUUGGUCCGUGUUGGUCAUCAUGUACUCCUCCAUCUUCAUGCUCCUCUUCUACACCGUGGACGAGUUCUCAUCUUUCCUAUUAUCGCUGUCUAAGACCAUCACGAUGUUUAUCGGGGAGUUCGGCUACGAGAACAUCCCCUUCGAGAGGUACGGAGGACUGAGCCAUUUCGCAUUCUUGACGUUCGUCAUCAUCGUGACGGUCAUCCUGAUGAACGUUUUGGGUCUGGCAGACCCGCUCUGCGUCCUGUAG